AUCCCAUCCGUUCCAAUCCUCCCUCUCAAGUCUCCUCAACUCCCUCUUGCCUUUAACGUCGUUUUUCCUUUUCCUUUCUCUCUCUCAGCUUGCGAGAGAGUUCUCCUUUGUCUGUUUUGUUGUGUUCUGUUCUCUUUGUUUUUCAGUUUCUUCUUUGGCUCGUCUGCCUGUGCCAGCACUGGCUAACUCAGGAGAAACUCUGGAGGAAGAAGGUUCAGAAUCCAGUAGUAUAGGUGUUGUUAAAGCCCUAUAUGAAGCCUUAAACACUAGAGACGUCUCGACGGUGCAACGCUUGCUAGCGCCGGACAUCGAGUGGUGGUUCCAUGGCCCGCCAUCAUAUCAACAUAUGAUGCGAUUGCUCACUGGGGCAUCAUCCUCUUCAGACAAGCCUUUCGUUUUCUUGCCUCUCACCUUUGCCGCUAUUUGCUCUACCGUCCUCGUUGAAGGCAUCGAUCGGAACCAUUCUGUUUUAUGGGUUCAUGCUUGGACGGUGACCCGUGAUGGAAUAAUCACCCAAGUCCGAGAGUACUUCAAUACAUCUCUUACUGUGACUCGCAUCAUAGAUAACUCCAAUCAAUCGUCCCCAGCAUCUUCAUCUACUUCUCCUUCGUCGUCUUCUUCGUCGCCGGCGGUGGCAUCGUUCAAGUGCCAGCAACUAUGGCAAAGCAAACUCUCUAAGGCCAUAGGUAAGGACGUUCCGGGACUUGUUCUGGCAAUCUAAGUUGCCCAGUCUAAGUCGUUUGAAUAAAGGGGAAGAGCCCUGUUGGUGUUUGAUGGGUUGAGGUACCCACAUGGAUUUGCUCAUAAGAACAAUAAAUUUCGAGUAUUACAGUGUGGUAGCGAUGUAGAGAUUUGGUUUGAUUUGGUAUUGUCAUGUAUGUGUCUAUGGAAGUCCGGGAUGGAAAUGUGCAGGAAGCAAUGGCUGCCGAGCCCAUUCUAUUCCCAUGUCUAUCCUCAUCAAAUAAAAGGAUCUCAUGGGUUUGUCUUAUAAAUUGUUGUUCUUUGAUAUAUGUAAUGAUCUUUGGCUCA